UCCAAUAUACCUAGGUAUUAUGUAGUUUUCUUUCAUGUUUCGUUUUAUCUUCUUGUUUUCAAACCUUCUAAAAAUCUCAAAAUCUCAUUACUAGUAGUUACUUGGCUGGCUUACCUUGGGUACACGAUGUCGGUCUCCACUCAAAGCCCUGAUGGCGUUGACGACCUCGGAGCAGAAUUUGAAAAUUUGUCUUUGGGUCAUGACAAUGGCCGUGCCGCUGGUGUCGGCCCGAACAUUAAAAUUAGCUUUUACGAUAAUUAUAAAAAAUGCCCAACAAACUCCUUCGAAAGGCCCAUCCUCUAUAGGACCGUCCACCCGGGUUCCAAUAGCCUUCGUGCGAGAUUGUAUCCACCACCAGCGCUCGAAAAUCUACAGAGAAAAGAUCUAAAAUUACACAUUAUAAACCAUUCAAAUUGCUAUAGUAGACAAGAAACGCCGUUUAUCUCAACAACGCCUGAUCUUAUGCGUGCUCUACAAUUAGCUCUCUGCGAAUUCCAAUAUCACGAGCCCGAAGACGUGGCUAUUAUCCUUAUCUGUCCAUGGAAGUUAAAUCCAGGGAGCUACAUGGAGUUGAAUGAACUUUGCCGUCAGUGUGGCCUCCAAGGCGAAGAUAAAUACAAGACUGAGACUCUCAUAUGGGGAGAGAUACCGGAAAGGAGUAUCUUGUGCCGGUGGACACUGUCAGAAAUUCAAACUAGCGGACUAUUCAUAGUGUUCCCACCCCUGGGCACGCUGGACCCAAAAUUGAAGACGCGGGAUGUUCGAAAUUAUUUAAAAGAAGAGGAUGCAGACGAUUUCAUAUCCAAGUUUGAGGCAGAACAGGCUGCGAAAGCGUUGGUAAAGUUAGGCAUGAACCCUGCUCACUUCCAGAUCAAGCAAGUUUUUCUCUUCUUACUUGGCCAGAAGCUCAGCUACCCCGUUGAAAAGCUCAUGGGGGAUAUAGAAGAUAAGCUAAAGAACGACUGUCCGCAGUUAAUUGAGGGCUUCGAGAGCGCUGCUUACGACUUGACUGUGUUAGCAAGAGAGGGGCCCACGGAGCAGUCCGGUGGAGUCCGUAUAGAAGGAGGGUUAGCCCGCGUGCCGUCGGCUUCUACGCAUAUACAGGCACAAGAGGAGCAGGAGGCUACCUGUUCUCGUCUCACACCUAAGUCUUGGUGGUCGCAGCGGGAGGAGUGCCACCGCAGCGCACGGGAAAAAGAACGGAUGAUAAAUGCAGAUGAUUACGGAUUGCGUAAAUGGGCGAAGGAGUGCGGAUUAUAUGAAAGCCUGCCGCCAAGCACGUCAGGCAACCGGAGAGCUAGAAUUCGCACGACACUAUAGCUUGCGCGCUUAGGUAUCUAGAUACGUCGCAACACCUUCCAUAUUGCGUCUGCUAUACGUCAGCAUAUGCAUCGCGGUCAUAUUCAUAAUUUGUCUUUUCAAGUACGGCGAUGAGUCCAACAUGCCAGUCAACCUGUCUAGUGUGAGGUGACUGACGAUCUGCCUAGUGGGUGUACUCUGGGCCAACACGAUGUACUUCACUUCUUUGAAGCAGGCGACAAAACCUGCUCAAACGCAUGACAAGUGAUAUAACAUUGAAUUAUUUUUUUCAGCUUGUUGUGUCAACGCUCGCGUGAUAUUAAUUUGAAACACCAGAGCAGCCGUCACUUAUUUGUUAACUCCCAUCAUAUGGUCGUGUUGCACGAUAGGCUUUAUUUCGUUAUCACAGCCCUCCUAGGUACGGCAUGGAGGAGUGAGGAAUAUAUAACGAUGAAAUAUUUCUGUAUUUCCUACGCUAGUUACCCUAUGAUGUUGUAACUACCUAGAUACGGUUGUGUUUAGUCCUUCACCUCUUAAAUUUGAUAUUUCCAUUUCGUA